AUGAGUUCGAGCACCGGUGAGGGUGCCGGCCCCAGCGGCAAAAGCAGCGGCAGCAGCGGUCAUGCGAGCAAUGAACUGGACUGCACUAAUGCCGGUCGCGGCGUGUGGCUGGUGAAGGUGCCCAAGUACAUCUCACAGCGAUGGGAAAAGCAGAAGCCGAUGACCGAGGUGGGUCGCCUCAAGAUUACCACCGGUGCGAUGGCCAAGCCGGACAUCUUCUUCAACCUCUCCGAGGAGAUCAUCAAGACGGAGCUGGAGCCGGUCGGCUCGACGCCCUCCACGGCCACCACGACCACGACCACCUCGAAGGUGUUGCCGCCCAUCGGCGAGGUGCGGGCCAUUCCCGCCGAGCACAAGUUUGCCAUCUCCGACAUUAAGCAGCAGACGCUGGCAGUAUUCUCACAUCUGAGUUCUAUUUCUCUCACUUUCUCUCUCCUAGACGACAGCAGCAAGGUGCUCGCCCUGGAGGGGCACGUCGUGCAGAAGGGCGAAUGUCGGCCCAUUGCCAACACGCACUACAUGUCGCUGAAGCGAGAGUCGAUUCGGAAGGCCUCGCAGCCGUCGAAGGUGGUGCAGAAGAUUGACCGGGCGGUGAACAACUUCAAGCCGAUCAACGUGCACAAGAGCGAGAUUGAGAAUGAGCAGCGGAAGAAGGCGGAGGGGAAGAAGAUGCGCGACGACCGGGACAUCGUCAAGAACACGCUCUUUGCCUCCUUCGAGAGGCACCAGUACUACAACAUCAAAGACUUGGAGCGGAUCACCAAGCAGCCGGUGCCCUACCUAAAGGAGAUCCUGAAGGAGAUCUGCAACUACAACGCCAAGAAUCCGCACAAGAACAUGUGGGAGCUGAAGCCC